GUGCAGCUGAUAUCGUCGUAUUUAAUGUACCCCUUUGCGCUGGCCAUGGGCGUCACGCCAGAAGAUUGCAGGCGGGUCGCAAUGCUAUGUGGGUACCGGCUUGGCAGCUCUAUCCUUAUUGCCUUCCUUAAGGUACGCCCCGUGUCCAGGCUUCAUCAAAUUUUAACACGCACUUUCGUGAAUUCAUUUACCCAAAUUUUUAAAAAUCCUGUAUAUUUACUUUACUUUUUUUCCCCGUGUAUUUCUGGGGAUGGUGGCAAAAUUUUGGGAUGACAAAUCGACCCACUUCCAGUAAACCUUUCAAAGUUGAAAAAAAUUAUCGCAAAAGUGUUUGGGUGCGCAAUAUAUUCUUAUGCUUUUUCUGAAAUGGUUGGUGAAAUAUAUCUGAAGUGUAAAAGCUGAUGGGACAUGAGAAAAGUAAUAUAUUAAAAAAUAAUUAAAAUGCAUCAUAUAAAUGGAUUUGUACCAAAAACUUUGUUUUUAAGCGUUGUUUAACUAACUUGCACUUUCGUGAAAUCUAUUUCCCUUUUUUUUAAUAAUUAUGCAUUUAAAAAAUUAUCCGUAUUAUUAAAACUUAUUGAUUUAAAUAUUUUUCUUAAGCAGUAUUUUUAUUGAUUAAAAAAAUACAAUAUAUCUUUUGAUCAUGCAUCCUUCAUUAUAUUAUAAAGAGUAAUAUUUAUUAUUACCAAAAGUUGAAGAUCUAUUGUUGGUUGAACCUCCCUCGCUGUGUUUCGCCAGUUCGUUGAACUUAAGAACAACAGGUUGAAAUAUGUCGACUACAUGUUAAAGACGGGCGGAAACGGCACGAUGACUACGUGAACGAUGACGUCAUCCUCGACCAGUGGGGAGUAACGCUUCCGUUUGGAUUCAUCUCAGUAAGCUUC